CACCAACCACCAACAACGGCUGCGGUCACUGAUUCUGCUCUCAGGCGAAGACGGGGGGAUAUCGACAAAAGAGAGGCCCUUUGAGCGGACAUUUCAUUAAAAAGAGGCCACAUAGAGGACCCUCGCACAGGACAGCAGCUACAAACGCACACAGGCAGAGCCAUGCUGGAAUACUACCAAAUAUUAGGAGUCCAGAAAAAUGCAACGCAAGAUGACAUCAAAAAAGCUUACAGAAAAUUGGCAUUGAAGUGGCAUCCAGACAAGAACCCAGACAACAAGGAAGAAGCAGAGAAAAGGUUCAAAGAGCUGUCAGAGGCAUAUGAAGUGCUCUCAGAUGAGAACAAGAGGAAUACUUACGACAGAUAUGGCAAAGACGGCCUUUCAGGAGGAGGAGGAGGAGGAGGAGGCCAUUAUGAUCACUUUGGCGGCAGCAGCUUCACAUUCCGUAAUCCCGAUGACGUUUUCAGGGAAUUCUUCGGCGGCAGAGAUCCAUUUGCAGAUCUUUUUGCUGACGACCCCUUUGACGAUUUCUUCGGAGGAAGUCGCAGUCGCCACAGGGGCGCGAGCCGAGGCAGGAUGGGGGGAUCACUCUUUGGGUUCGGGAGCUUCCCAGCAUUUGGACACGGCCUCACAGGCUUUGAUUCAGGUUUUAGCUCAUUUGGAGACAUGGGUGGUGGAGGAGGGUUCACUUCCUUCUCAUCUUCAUCUUUUGGUGGCGGUGGGGGAGGAGGGGGAGGAGGAGGAGGAAUGGGUAACUUCAGAUCUGUGUCCACCUCCACCAAGUUCAUCAACGGCAGAAAAAUUACUACAAAACGGAUCGUGGAGAACGGCCAGGAGCGGGUAGAAGUGGAGGAGGACGGUCAGUUAAAAUCUCUAACAGUUAAUGGUAAGGAGCAGCUCCUAAGACUGGAUAACAAGUAAAAUUAUCUCGCCUCAACAUUUGACCAAUUUUUACACCUGGAAAAAGCUCGCCCAGUGACUAUGUUUGGUUCCGGCGGUUGGUCUCCUCUCUCUGUCCUCCUGCAUCUCAUUCCUGAAGAACAUUUUUUUUUCUCAUUUUAGCUUAGCUGCAAGGGAGGCGAGAGAGACGUUCACAGUAUUUGUAUGUUUGUAUUUAUUCCAUUUAUUAUGGGGGGACCAUCUUGUUGGGAUUUGUAUUUUUGUUUACUACAAUAAUUGAAUUGUACUUUUAAUUUCCGCCAUAAGCACAAAGCUGGGUACGUGCUAUAUAUAUAUAGAUAUAUAUAUUUUCCUUUUGGGUUGGAUAUUGUCUUUCUUAUUGUCGCUGGAAAACAAGAUGCUGUACAUUUAGACUUACGCAUGUCAUUUUUGCUCUUUUCAUUUGACCAAUUUAACAAGUGAAUGAUAAAAGCUUAACCACUUCGCCCUAAUGUCUUUAACUUGAACUUCACCUUGCUAACCUGUUAGCUGUUAUCAUGUUCACGCGUGUGUAAUAUGAAUGACCAUAGAUUAUUAAUAAAUUAAUGAUAAAAAUGUG